CUAGUGGGAGGAGUUGCCUUUUCUAUUGGAACGUUUAUGAACUAGGUGCUCUGCUUAUUGCCAUUAUUUGGAACUUAACUUAAUCCGUUUGACACAACCAAACACGAAUCACAAUGAAUUUACUUAUUUCAUUUUUCUUUGCCACCAUUGUGAAGAUUCAAGGGGCAGAUUGGUGCUACCAGUCCCAGGUUACAUGCGGUGGCAACUGCACAGGACCUGAUGGUUGGGCAACGGUUGCUGGGACAUGUGACGGAAGAGCCCAAUCUCCAAUUAACAUUGUGACGAGAAAAACCCUACCAGACGGACGUCUUACACCAUUCACAUUCACUGGGUACCAAGAGGCUUUCCAUGGUUUCAUCACAAACAAUGGUCACACUGUUCAAGUGGACCUGCCUGCCACAGCGAAGGUUCAGGGUGGAGAUCUGGCGGUGCCAUACAAGGCAGUACAGCUCCACCUGCACUGGGGCAAGGAUGGAGGCCCUGGAUCAGAACACACCAUUGAUGGAGAACGAUAUCCCAUGGAGCUGCAUAUUGUUAAUAUAAAAGAGGAAUACAACUCUUUGGCUGAAGCUCUGAAAAACCCUGCAGGGGUUGGAGUUCUUGGAUUCUUUUAUGAGGAAUCAAGAAGCUCCAAUGAAAAAUAUGACUCCAUUGUAAAUGCUCUGAACACUAUCAAACAUCCCAGCUCAAACACUACCCUUAGUGAAGUGUCCCUGGACAUGCUCAUCCCCCCUCGGAGUAAUAUGACCAGCUACUUCCGCUACAAUGGCUCUCUCACCACACCCGCCUGUGUAGAAUCUGUCGUCUGGACAAUGUUCGAAAAUACUAUUCCUCUCAGCAGGCAACAGCUUGCUGCAUUUUCUCAGCUUCAGUUUGCUGAUGGAAAGCCUAUGGUGGGAACCUAUCGCCCAGUCCAGCUAUUGAAUGGUCGCCAGGUGUAUCGCUCUGGAAGUCAAGUUGUCUUAGUCAGCACUCUGCUACUCAUCACCUCUGUGAUAUCCGCCAUUGGACUCCCACUGCCCAACUAAAUACCAGGAUCUUUGGAUUUGGGUAUCAGUGAAUUAGAGAGUGCCUGAUAUUGUCAAAAUCUCAAAUGCUUAUAUUUCGCUUUGCUAUGCAGCUGUUCUCUUUCAAGUUUACUUUACUUGCCAAAUUAUAGUUGAUACAGUUUAAGGGGGUAAUGUGGGGUAAUGUGUUUCAAGGGGGUAAUGUGUUUAAGGACACAGCAUAAAUAAUGGACCAAAACAUUUUAUAUUUUUAUUGUUUUGUAUAAAAUAAUACUUGAGAUGGCAUUGAGCCAAGCAUGGUUAUUACCCUCUUAUUACCUUCAUAUCAUUAUUGUUAAUAUUUAAUUAACCUCAAACUUCCUAUUGUUAUUGAACGGUCAAUGUCAUUAUGUGACCUGUGCUUUCCACAGAACCAGCAACACAACUGUUGAGAAUCAGUAUCAAAGCACUGGAACUCUGAUCUAUAUUGUCCGGUAACA